AUAUCUGCAGGAAAAGUGAGACUCUAACUAAAGAAGAAGCUCUCACACCACUUAGUAGCGUUCUAAGCCGUCUUCCCAUCCAUCCCUCGUUAGCCAAAAUGAUAGUGCUUAGCAUCGUCUUCUGCUGCCUGCCCGCCAUGAUCGUCAUCGGUGCCUCCGCCACCGAAAACCUCUCCAACGCCUUCACAGACGCCGAAAAAGCUCAGCGCAAAGAUGACUUCAAAGCCUCCAGCAUCCACUCUCAUAGCGACCACAUCGCGCGUCUAACCCUGCUUCGCAUCGGCCUCAAGAUCCGCGAAGAGAGAGGCGAGAGGGGCGAGAGGGGCUUGGAUGAGUUCGCGAGGGAGUAUUUCUUACGACGGUCUAUGCUAGCUUCAGUAUAUCAGACCAUGGACCAGAUCCACACACUCCUCAUCAACUCGGAUAUUAUCCCUCCUCCUGGCGCCGAACACGACCCCGAAUUGCAAGACCUCUACCCGAACUCGAGCGAGAACUCUGAUAAGCAAGCGCUCAUCAAAGCACUCGUGCUCGCGGGGUUGCAGGAAAACGUCGCCGCCACGCAGGGCAAGCGUGACCUAG